AUGUUUCGACUCUGUGAAACACUUACCGAAUUAUAUCUUCAUGACAGUCAAAUCGAAGAUGUUACAGCACAGCGUAUAGCAGAUGCGUUACGAAAUAAUGAAACACUUACCGAAUUAUAUCUCUGCAGCAAUCAAAUCGGAGAUGUUGGAGCACAGCAUUUAGCCGAUGCUUUACAAAAUAAUACGACACUGACCACAUUGAACCUCUGGUGCAAUCGAAUCGAAGAUGUUGGAACACAGUACCUAGCAAAUGCAUUACGAAAUAAUAAGACACUUAUCAAAUUAAGUCUCUUCGCCAAUCGAAUUCAAGUUGCUGGUGUACAGUAUUUAACAGAUGCAAUACAACAUAACACGACACUUACUACAUUAAAUCUUAGAUGGAAUCAUAUGGGAGAUGUCGGAGCACAGCAUCUAGCAGAUGCAUUACGAAAUAAUACAGUAACUAUCACUGUUUACAUCAGUAUUUCAUAUAUCUACAUGCACUUUCUAAUGCAGACACUUAUCGCAUUAGAUCUCGAAAGCAACCUGAUCGGAGCUGCUGGAGCACAGUAUCUAGCAGAUGGGUUACAAAAUAACACGACACUUACUACAUUGAGUCUUAACCAGAAUCUAAUCGAAGAUAUUGGAGCACAGUAUCUAGCAGAUGCAUUACGAAAUAAUAUGACACUUAUCAAAUUAAGUCUCUACAACACUCGAAUUGGAUCUGUAGGUGUACAGUAUCUAAUGGAUGCAUUGCAAAAUAAUACGACACUUACCACAUUGAAUCUUGGUAGCAAUCAAAUCGGAGCUAUUGGAGCAAAGCAUCUAGCAGAUAGAUUACGAGAUACUACGACACUGACUACAUUAAAUCUCUCAUGCAAUAAAAUCGGAGUUGUUGGAGCACAGUAUCUGGCACAUGGAUUACGAAUUAAUAAGGCAACUAUCACUAUCUUCAUUAGGAUUUCAUAUAUCUACAUGCCCUUUCUCAUUCAGACACUUACCGCAUUAAAUCUCGAGAGCAAUGCAAUUGGACCUAUUGGAGCACAGCACCUAACACAUGGGUUACGGCAUCAUACGACACUUACCGAAUUAGAUCUCGGAAAUAAUAAAAUCAAAGAUGCUGGAGCACAGCAUAUAGCAGAUGCAUUACGAAAUAACAUGACACUGACCGCAUUAAAUCUCAAGAGCAAUCAAAUAGGAGAUGUUGGAGCCCAGCAUAUAGCAGAUGCAUUACGAAAUAAUCAGACACUGGCCACGUUAGAUCUCCAGAGCAAUCACAUCGGAGCUAUUGGAGUACAAUAUUUAGCAGAUGGAUUACGAAUUAAUAUGGUAACUAUUACUGUUCCCAUCGGUAUUUUAUACAUCUACAUCUACUUUCUCAUGCAGACACUUACCACAUUAAAUAUCGGCGCCAAUUCCAUCGAAGAUGUCGGAGCACAAUAUCUAGCAGAUGUGCUACGAGAUAAUAAAACACUUACAGAAUUAGAUCUCAACCAGAAUCAAAUCGGAGAUGUUGGUGCUCAGUGUUUAGCAGAUGCAUUAAAAAAUAAUACGACACUUUCCGAAUUAGAUCUUGAAAACAAUGAAAUCGAAGAUGUCGGAGCACAGUAUAUAGUAGACGGGUUACAGAAUAAUAUGAUUGUCUUUGAAAUCGAAAUGGGAAACUCGCAGUGCAUGAAGAGUCGUGUAAAUCCAUCCGUUACCGAAAUAACGUCGAAGCCAACUGCAUCCAGCUAUCACAAACCAGAAUCGGGACCACUCAGUUCGACGCCUAACGCCAUUGCUCAUCCUCCAAAAUAUCGCAACCCUACACUUGAAGAAUGCAUUGCUACCGAACAAAAUGAAUCGUUGUCCUUGAGACAACGAAACUUAACUGAUCAAGACUUCGAAAUUGUGGCUUAUUACGCAAUACAAAAUAAUAAGAGAUUCACUCAACUGUAUCUCGGACAAAAUCAACCCGGUGACAAAGGAACACAACAUAUUGCUAAUGCUCUUCGAAAUAAUACGACAAUCACUAUACUAUAUCUCGAUCAAAAUCAAACUAAAAUAGGCGACAAAGGAGCACAAUACCUUGCUGAUGGUCUUCGACAUAAUACGGCACUCCAAAUGUUGAGUCUCUAUGACAACCAAAUCGGCGAUAAAGGGGCACAAUAUCUUGCUGAUGCUCUUCGAAGUAACGCGACACUUAAAGAACUGUAUCUCUCUCAAAAUAAAGUCAAUAACAAAGGAGCACAACAUCUCGCUGAUGCUCUUCGAAGUAACACGACACUCACUCUUAUGUCUCUUGGACAAAAUCAAAUCGGUGAAAAAGGAGCACAAUAUCUCAGUGAUGCUCUUCGAAGUAACACGGCACUCACUAUACUGUAUCUUGAUCAAAACCAAAUCGGCAACGACGGGGCACAGUCUCUUGCUGAUGCUCUUCGAAAUAAUAAGACACUCCGAGAGCUGCAUCUCUCUGGAAACAAAAUCAGCGCUAAAGGAGCACAACACUUAGCUGAUGCUGUUCGAAAUAAUAUGGUAACAAAUACUAUUCUCUUUUUUCUAGUGGCGGACUCAGAAUUUCCGAGUACGCUGGGUCUCAUACUAUGA